CUCAGAGAAGGGAGAGUUUUUCUUUAUUUUUAUUUUAAUAUAUUUAUUUUUUCUCUGCAACGGAUGACUUUUCGUCCUCAUCUCCGGCAUCGGGCGGAGCGAAAGAACGGAAUCCGAGAAGAAUGAUUAAUUCAUUGCCGCCUCAGCUCCUCUCUCUUUCUUUCUUUCUUCACUGCUGCCGCAAUUCCUUGCUUUGCUUAUAAUCUACAACGAUUGCAAGAUUUUAUUCCUUUUUUUGUUUCUUUCUUUCUCCCUCUCACGUUCAGUCGUAAUCACGCAUCGGAUCUUUAUCGGGAUCGAUGAGUUUCGCUUGAUUCUGUUACUCUCCUUACGAACCUGCAUUUCCUGGAUUUCUGAAGCUGAAAUUGUCCGUGAAAUAAAGCACGGUUGAUCGUCCAGGUCCUUCUGACGUCGUUUAAUCAUGUACUAGUUUUCAGAACCUGCUGUAGUAUGGGAUCCAGCUUGGAGCUCAGAAAGAGUUCAAGCCACCAGCAUAACUCAAGGAUUGGGAAAGAGGGGGUCCUCUUGUCCCAAACAAAACGGAGUCCAUGUCCACCAGUACCAGAACAGUUAAAGAUGAAAAGUCCUGUUCGACCACGUACUGAUUUGUAUUGUGUGUCAACAAAGGGGGCCAAUAUUGCUCGGGAAAAGUCUUCUAGAUACUCGCAGGGUAAGAGUGUUAAAGGGAGUCCAAUUGGAGAGGACGAACUUGUUAGGCACAUGUCAAACUUGCCAGGUUAUCUCCUUCGUGUCGAGACAGGAGAAAAUCUCCAAGAGAAGGCUUUGAAUGUUGGGGUUCUAGACUGGACACGACUUGAGAAUUGGAAACACAAGCAGAUAGAUAGUCCAACCAAAUAUAAAGAUGCACUGUGCGGUGGGAAUUAUUUAUCAUUAAAACAGACUUCUGGACUGUCAACUUUCCCUCGUAGUAUUCGGAGUGAAACAUCAGUUAGAUCACACUCUUCACUUCAGUCCGGUUUGAUUUCAUCACAUAAGGAGGAACGUUCUCACUGUGUCACCUCUGCCCGGAGUGCCAGUCACUGCCAUGAUUCUGAUAGUGGUUCAAAGAGUGCAAUAAAGGGGCAGCAAAAGAUACAAAGGACUGGUACGUCAUCCUCGUCAGGGAUAAAUGAUUCAAACGUGAUGCAUCAAAGAGAAAGAACAAGGCGUUCGAAUCGGAGGAUGAGUUCAGAAAUGGUGAAUUUUUCUUCUCAUGCAAGACAUUCAGGAGUUCUACCUUGUCCUAAAAGAAGUACACAUGUAUUGGGUGGUAAAACAAACCAUAGAACAGAGAAGCUGAUUGAAACAGAUAUCCAGAAAAAGGAAGCAGAUGAGAGAUUGGUUUUAGAAAUAGGAGAGAUACCAUCAAAGUUGAGUAAUGACAUAUCAUAUAGUUUGAAUGAUCGCGUGAAUGUUGAAAAUAAUGAAAUGAAGAAGAGAGUAGGGAAACAGUUCUCGGAUAUUGAUCUCCCUCACCAUUAUUUCACUUAUAAGCAAGAUGGCAAUCUUCUACUAAAGCAGAAGCCGAAGGAUUUAGAUGAAGGGUUUCAGCCCUUGAAUUCCAGAACAUCAUUUGAUGAGAAUAUGACAGAUGUGAAUUCGUGUUGUUAUUCAGAAAUAUUUUCUCCAGAGGAGGCUCUAUCUKCUGAAUGUGGUUCUGAAAUUCCAUACUCAAGUCCAUUGCCUUAUUUUGCUGACGCUGAUCCCACGAUGGGCAGAAUGCAAGAUUCUCUGGUCAAUGAUAGUAGUGCAGAACUUUCACGUUCUACAUCCCAAUUGUCUCCUUACUCAAAUCAGAAACAUAGUUCGAGACCUUCCGAAGGUAAACAAAUAGAAAAUGGAACCUCGGAUAUUAAGCUUAACCAUUCCGACCUUGUUGGUACUCUUGAGACUCUGGAUGAUAAAACCCCAGAGUCAGGAGCUAGAAAAGGUAGGCAUCCUUCACCAAAUCGCCGUUUGAGCUUCAGCUUAGGACGGAUGGGGAGAAGUUUCAGUUUUAAGGAGAGUUCGACCAUACCCCAGUUAAGUUCCACACAUACUAUUCCAAAAUCUGGUCCAGUGAUUUCUGAAAAUACUGCUUCCUCGGAUAAUUCUGAUAGAAAGAAAGUAAUUGGACAUAACAGAACUAGAUCAAGUCCUUUAAGAAGGUUGCUAGAGCCAAUAAUGAAGCAUAAAUCCUCAAAUCCUCAACAUCCUAGUGAAGGAAACGCCAACUCAUUAAGCUUUUGGCCAACCGGUCUUGGCAGCGCUCACCAAAAGAAGCAUGCUGAUUCAACAAUGCAAGCCCUUUUACAGUUAACGAUAAAGAAUGGCUUUCCCUUGUUUAAAUUAUUGGUGGAUAACAACAGAAAUAUCCUUGCAGCCACAGUGAAAGAUUUAACCCCAUCUGGGAAGAAUGAAUCUGGGCAUAACUAUACAUUCUACCUAGUUAAUGAAAUAAAAAGAAAGACCGGUGGUUGGAUACGACCAGGGAAUAAGGAUAGAAGUUAUGGGUAUGCUUACAAUGUCAYUGGGCAGAUGAUAGUGAAUUCAGAUUAUAGAACAAAUGAACACAACAAUGGUGAAUAUACGUUAAGAGAAUCGGUUUUGUUUGGUGUUGACAUGAGACCAGGAGAUCGAGAAUCAGCAAUCAUAGUGAAAAAUAGAGAACUUGCAGCCAUUGUUUUAAAGAUUCCUAUUGAAAACUCGAAUCAUGGUGCGGGGGAACAGAGUGGUAACGUUUUGACAGAGGACUGCAUGAAAUCUUUGUCAGAGGAUAAUGCUGUAGUAAUACUUCCGGGUGCUGUUCAUGGGUCACCAAGCAGCGGAGAACCUUCGCCGUUGAUCAAUAGGUGGAGAUCCGGCGGAGUUUGUGACUGCGGUGGUUGGGAUGUUGGUUGCAAACUGCGCAUCCUUUCCAUUCCGAAGAAACUAAUUACUUCCAAGGCGUUUCCUAUCUCCAAUUGCCUAGAACUUUUUGUUCAGGGWGGACAACAAAAUAAGCCCAUCUUCAGCUUGGCGCCCUUGAAGGGUGGGUUCUUUGAAGUUCGUUUCGAUUCAUCAAUCUCUAUGUUACAGGCGUUUUUCAUAUGCGUUGCAGUUUUAAAUGGCCAGAAAGCAUCAGAUCCCUCAGAAGCAAGUAAAUUUGCACCUGAGGAAAAAGUGAUCAAGUAUCCAGAUUCUAAAGCAGUACGUGAAAAACAGCUUGCUAGUAUUAGAUAUGCCCCAAACCCACCCCUCUCUCCCGUUGGAAGGGUAUAAUCUCUAGUUUCUUGUUCUUAUCGAGCAACCGACGAUCUUCCAUUGCAGCAGAGCAGCAUAUUGUCUCUCCUUUACUGCUCAUCAUCCGUUCAGAAUCGACCCAUCGUCCUCCUUUUCCGUUCUGAACAGUCUUUUAUGCUUUUAGACAAGUAUGGCCAAGUAAYUUUGUUCUGGYUGUACCACCAUACCAGCGCCAUCCAUGUAUAAAGAAAAUAAACUCUGAGCAAUAUAUAGAAUGGAGAAAUUAAACAA